UCAGGAUCUGAUGGAAUUAUUUUGGAAUCAGGACUUGUUAUUGGAGGAAAUAUUCCGAAAUUAGAAUCUGAAUCAGUAUUGAAAAAUAUUAAAGAUAAAAGUGAAUUUGUUCCUCAUAUUAAAUCAUUUUAUCAAGAUAAAUAA